AAAAUUCGGUGGAGUACACAAUGGGCGAGUCAGAGAUGAUGAUGAAUGGUUGUGGUAUCUGUAGAAGAUGAAAUAAAGAAUCAGCUUGCCUUCCACUUCAACAGUACAAGGAACUAAUACCAGACCAGGAUCCUUUAUUUUUCAAAGACUUAAUCUCUAUCUCUACCCUCACCUGACUAGUUCUUCCGGGAGAUCGCGAUCGAGAAGGAUUUAGAACUGGACAAAGUCUCAAGUUUCUUCUGUGUAGUUCUCGAUAUCCAUGCCUCCCUGCUGGUAAGUGACGUGUGUGAGAGGGCUCGGCUGCUACAAAACUGUAAGAACAAGAGAGGUUUUUUUUUCUUCUAAGAAAAGAAAGAGGACAAAGAUCCAACACUCCCCGAAGGUUUAGCAAGAUAUCCCGCCGAGAAUCAAGCUGAGACAUUCUCUCUAAAUCUUCUUCAUCUCGUGUUGAGUUGGCCGCCCAAGUAAGGAAGGACAAGCUUCUUUUCGAAAUUUAUUUUUUUUAAAGGUUUUGCUGACAUUUGAUUUUCUAAGAGAAAAAUUAGAAACCCUCGGAUAUAUCACUCUGAUCAGAUUCUUUGCUGAUACGUCUUAGUACCACCCGCCAACUUCUUUGUUUUCUAAUAUAUAUAUUCGUUGGUAUACAUCAAAGAAGUAACAAUGCACGUGGAGAUUUCUGUGGCGCUCAACUUCGUCAUAUCUUACUUGUACAACAAGUUGCCAAGGCGACGCGUCAAUCUGUUCGGGGAGGAGCUGGAGGUGGAGCUCAAGAAGAAGUUCGAAGGUCACUGGUACCCGGACAAGCCCAACAAAGGCUCCGGGUUUCGGUGCAUCAAGGCCAACGGUGACGAGGUUGACCCCGUACUGGUUGACGCAGCCGUCAAGGCCGGGCUGGACAUCACCGAGGUGAAGAACUACCUCCCCGACGACCUGACCCUGUGGAUUGACCCCUCGGAGGUCAGCUACAAAAUCGGCGAGAAGGCUCCGGUGAAGGUGCUGUACACCGACCGCAAAGACGAGGACGGGAGCGACACGAUCGACAAGGAGGUGCAGGCCGCCAACAUAACCUUCAACCCCGACGCGCAGACCUUCACGCCAGAAGGACAAGCGACCUUCACCCCCGACCUGCUGACCUUCACCCCGGACGUGGUGGCCGCGGCGCUGUGCUCCGCUGACCCGUCCCAGUCCUUCCAGCCCAUCGACUCCCUCUCCUCGUCUCUGUCCAACCUCAGCCUCUCCCCCUCCUCCCCCGUCCCCCCGCCUGGUACCUGGAGCACCACCACCUCUCCAUCUUCCACGUUGUUCAGCUCAGCUCUACAGACGUCUCCAGCUGCCAUGGGAGCGCCGGCAUUCAUCGGUCAGAGACCUGCCAACAGCAGCGCUCACCGCCAGCAGUUCACGGCCGCAACUUUUGCCCAGACAAAGUUCGGGUCCACGAAGCUCAAGACGCAGAUGAAGCGACCCAACCGGCUGUCGCCUACAGAGUUCGGGAACUACUUUCGCCAACAACAGAGGAACUACGCGGGUCCUCAGAGACCGAGAUCUCUCUCCCCGCGAGACCCACGAGUGGAGUUCCUCAUGGAUCAGCAGCAGAGGAUGAUGCUGCACCAACACCAACAACAACAGCACCAACAACAACAACAGCAGCAGCAGCAGCAGCAGCAGCAACAACAACAACAACAGAUGUCUCCGUCGAUGCCAUACGCCCCGCAGUACAACCACCAUCAGCAGCAUCUCCAUCAUCAGCAACAACAACAACAACAGCAUCAUCAACAACAACAGCAUCAGCAUCAGCAGCAACAGCAACAGCUUUCUCCAACAAGCAUGUACCCAGAGUUCCUUCGCCAGCAUUCUUCAGGUCUGUCCUCCACUCACUCCUCCCCCCAUCUCUCCCCUCACCUCUCGCCCCAUAUGUCCCCACAAGGCAACGGCCCAGCCUUCCAGGACCUGAUUCAGUCCAGCCCCUCCCUCCACUCGCUCCCCUCCCCGCCGACCAGCGUCAUCUCCAGACCCACGUCCCUCCCUCACAUCGGGAGACCGACGGGUCUGCCCGGGCUCACCAGUUCCAUGCCAAAGCCGAGCUCUCUCUCGCUCUCACAGGCCAACACGCUCUCUCCUGACGGACACAAAUCUUUCGUGGAUGGCCCCAGCGUGGCUCCAAUGGGGUACGCUAACGGCCUACAACAUCUUCUGAUGGCCAACUGAGAGGCUCCGGUUCUGCAGAUCUGUACCUACCACGAACCGGGUGUUCACAGCUCACAGGAUGACGAAGAGGAAAAGCAUCGUUGCUCUUUUGCAAGAGCUGCCCUCUGACCUUCUGAAUAGUAUAUUAUUAUUAUUAUUAUUAAUAUUAUAUCCUUUGUACCGUCAGCGUUGACGUUUUAAGCAUUUAAACCUCCAGAUACUGAAGAACAAUGGGACAUGAGAAGGAUUUUCCCCCCGCUGUUUAUAGUGACCGGAACUGUGAGAACUUAUCGGAACUGUGUCUCUCCUGAUUCAAUCCUGUUUCGAGACAGAAACGUUUUCAAGACGGACAUUUUAUUUCUCCGAUUCUCCGAAUGAGGGAGUCAUUUUCAGUGGACGGACACGUUCUGCUCUAUAUAUUUUUAUGCUUUUGAACUAUUCAUAAAUCUUAUAUAUAAUAAUAGAUUAUAUUUUGAUGCCAAGUUGCUGCGAUGGCGCAACUAACUUUGUAUUGGAUGAUAUUUUGUAACUUUUGUGCUUCAGUGUUGAUCCAUACUUGAUGACUCGGGUGUUGGCGUGUCUUAAAUAGGAAGGGCUUUGGGACAAAACGAGUAAUAUCCAAAAC